AUGUCAUUAGAAAGAAAUCUUUAUUAUGUGAAAAAAACUAUGCUGUUUACUACUACUACUACUACAACUAAUAAUAAUAAUAAUAAUAAUAAUAAUAAUAAUAAUAAUAAUAAUAAUAAUAAUAAUAAUGAUGAUGAUGAUGAUGAUGAUGAUGAUGAUGAUGAUGAUGAUGAUGAUGAUGAUGAUGAUGAUGAUGAUGAUGAUGAUGAUGAUGAUGAUGAUGAUGAUGAUGAUGAUGAUGAUGAUGAUGAUGAUGAUGAUGAUGAUGAUGAUGAUGAUGAUGAUGAUGAUGAUGAUGAUGAUGAUGAUGAUGAUGAUGAUGAUGAUGAUGAUGAUGAUGAUGAUGAUGAUGAUGAUGAUGAUGAUGAUGAUGAUGAUGAUGAUGAUGAUGAUGAUGAUGAUGAUGAUGAUGAUGAUGAUGAUGAUGAUGAUGAUGAUGAUGAUGAUGAUGAUGAUGAUGAUGAUGAUGAUGAUGAUGAUGCAUUUACAUUUAUACUUAAACAUCAAGCACAGUACCAUAGUAAAACUUCACAUAAGCUACGCUUUAGUAUAUCUGAUUAA